AUGGCGCGUCAAAAUUUUGUGGGUCUAGUGGUCUCACAGGGUAAAAUGCAGAAGACCGUCAAGGUGCGUGUCGAGACAAAAGUCUUCAAUAAGAGAAUUAACAAGGAAUUGUUCCACAGAAAAGAUUAUUUAGUGCACGAUGAACAAGGGGUGUCGCGUGAAGGUGAUCUGGUGCGUAUAGAGGCAACUCGACCGCUUUCCCGUCGCAAGUUCUUUAGCGUUGCGGAGAUAUUGAAGAACAAAGGUCAGCAAUUCGCACUGUUUGAGUCGCAGGCAAAGACACAGGUGAUGCAGGAGGAAGCACAGAAGACUCGUGAUUUCUUGGAUAGACGUAGAGCGCAUGAAGCAGAUGAGAGCGUGCUUCUUGCUGAUGUGCGCACAAUUCAACAGGCUCUGGCACAAGGCCAAGAUGCUGAAGAGCUGUCCGAAAUCAAGGCUAGGUACGGAAUCGAGCAUUUUACACCAGACACUCUAAAGCAGCUGCUGCAAUUAGAUGUGUUGGCUCUAGAGCAGAGCGUGGUGGCGCAGAAAUCGAAGAUUGACACCGUGCAGGCACGAGUGAGUGAGCUUUUACAGAACGAACAGGACGGCGACCUGCUCUUGAGGCAGUACGGUGUUGAGGACCCACAAAUGUUGAAGAGUAAUAUUAAAAAAAACCUGCUUAGGAAGUAUGUUAUGCAGGAGCUGUAA